CUUCAUUCUCUGCAUACUCGACCAUAUAUAAACAAGCAUUUCCCUAAGCAGUAUCUAUCCAGCUAGAACGCGACCCAUGGCUCUCUCAAAGUUCCUGCUGGCCUCUCUUCUCCUAUCUCUCCUCCUUCUCCAGGACCUCGUUGAUGCCGGUCAGGGCUCCGUGCUUCAGCAGAUAGAUUGCAAAGGAGCGUGCAGUGCGAGGUGUCGUUUAGCGUCGCGGCAGAGGAUGUGCAAGAGAGCGUGCGGGACUUGCUGCAGGCGAUGCAACUGCGUACCGCCGGGCACUGCCGGCAACCAGGAGGUGUGUCCCUGCUAUUACAACAUGACUACCCAUGGCGGCAGACGCAAGUGCCCUUGAUCGCUUUCUUUCUUCCAUCACCAGCUCUAUCGAGAUUACUCUCUCUCCAGUGUUUGUGUGCCUCUACGACGUCCUUCUCCCCUGCAAAAUCAAUAACCUUGCACGAUGCAUAUGUGUGUGUUAUCCCAUUUACGUUCACUUUUCUUGUAUUCCAUCACGUGUUUGUAUUAUAAGUGAAAUUAAUUAAUACUUCGGCGGAUUAAGUUGUGGAA